UGUUGAUGUUGAUGUUUUUGGGCCUUUGGUGGGGUAGGAUCGUUCGGUAUCAAUAUAUUGUAAUACCACCUUAUAACACACCUCUGAGAUCUGACAUUGGGAAGACAUGCGAUCCAAGCCGAAGCCACGCUCGGCGGCCCGGGGUCGCGGACGGGGCCGUGGUGCAGUAGUGCGGUACAAGGCAGCCGCCCCCCAAACAGGAGCAGGAGACUCCAAACAGGUGGUGCAAAAAGAGCCCGGCGGUGCUGUGCUCCACGAGUACCCGCUGACGCCGACUCCGUUACCGGUGCGCGCGCAGCGGCAGACCCGGCGCAGUGAGGCUGGGUUCCGACCGCGCAUUGUCGAGUUAGACCCAGUGACCGACCGCACUCUGCACCCGACUCCGGCGCAGCCGCCGUCGAGCGUGGGUCGGCGCUCCAGCGUGCAGAGCCGCCUGUCGUCCGUGCCGAGUUUCUCUCCGGGCGGUGUUGUCACCAGCACGCGCCUGGAGAGUCCGGCCGUGCAGGCUCCCCGCUCCAGUGUGUCCCAGUUCGUCAAGCCGCGCACCCCGCAGAAGCGGCGCAGCGACCGACCGGCGGCCGUCGAUCUGCCGCCGACUCUGACACCGACACCGACGCCGACACCACCGCCGCCGGAGCAGGAGCAGCAGCAGGAGGGCGGCGACACACCCCAGGCCAGUGGCGAACCCACGGCGAACAGCUGGGAAACGCCGAAGACGCGGCGCUCGGCGACCAAGUCAGCCUCCUCCUCUGCCUCCAACAAUGAGACACCGUCAACCGCCCAGAACACCAAGAUAUCGGCCAAGCAGGUGCUGAGCGGCAAUCGCUCCUCAGCACACGGCUCCUCUGGUCGCCGCGACCUCGGCGGAUCAAGGGCGGGCUCUACACCGGCGGUCCGGGGCGGCCGGGCGGCCAGUCGGGGCCGGGGUCGCGGCGCCGCCUCCCGCUCCCGCAGCCGCAUCGACCGAGACGAGGAGUCCGAUAAGGAGAACGAGGAGGAGGAGCGGGAUCAGGAGUCCGGAGAGUCCGCCGCGGAGUCGGAGGAUGCGGAGCUGGAGCAGACCUUUAACGACUCUGUGGACGACCCGUCGUUCCACCCGCCCGAUGAGCCCGAGUCGGGGGGCAGCCGCAGACGGAGGAGCAACUCCCGAGUGGCCAACAGCCUGACCUCGGCGACGGGGGGCGCGAACGGGACAGCGGCGUCUAGGGCUGCCGGGGCCAACGCCUCAAAGGCGUCCAGAGGGAGGCCGUCCACCGCGGCAGCAGCACCCGAUAAGGCCAAGAAGUCGACACGCAAGUCCAAAGAUACGACGGCAGCCAAGUCCCGUCGCUCCACCAACCACCCAGCUCUGAGCGCCGAAUCUCCUCCGGGGCGCCGCGGGGGUCGCCGGUCGGCCGGCCAGCGCCGCUCCACGGCCCUUCGGUGUCCUCUGACGGUACGCGUGGCUGGCCGGAGCCGCACCGUCGCCGCAGACAACCGCGCCGACAUGUUGGAGACCGCCGAAGACCUGGUGGAAGCAGCCCGCAGCCGGCCGCUUCACUGCUACGGCGACGUCGGAAAGUUCACCUGGGACCUGGAUCAGUGUGUUAUUGAUCUGAUGGCGCUCAAGGAGACGGGCCGGUACGGCGCCCCCAAGCUGCUGAGGGCUGUGAAGAAGAACCGCACGGCUGUCGAGCUGCUGCUGAACCCAGUGAAGGUGGAGCUGGUAGAGCUGUACAAUAAGGCGUACAAAGAGGACGCCGACCGUCGCCGGGACGAGGCCGUGCGCGCCUUCCUCUACGACGACGAUUCCGAUGAGUAGUCUUCCAGAGGUGUCUUCACCAGCUCAGUGCCACCCAGCGACUGUUUGUGCCUUUGGACACUGUGGCUUAUUGUUCUUGUAGUGUUUAUCAUGCGCCAUGAACUGUAGAAUAGUAGGUGAACCGUCUGAAUGCAUGGAUUCAGCGAAAAGCGAUGCUUGUUUCGUGGUUAGGUUGCGCUGGGUAAGAUGGGACCAAGAAGUAACGACUGUCAUUCCACUGUAAGGUUUGCUCAGUAAGAGAUCCGCGGCAAACGAGAAGUAUUUUUGUGUACCGACUACCUACAUGUAACUUUGCCUGUGGUGGAUGCAGAGGAGCUGCGCUGUUGAGUGUUUUUCAUAAUAUGUAACUGUAAAAUAGUGGCGCUUGGCAUGGCCAACCAUGAAGAGCUGCACUCUGCCGUUAGUUUUGCUAUAAAUACAAUUACGUUAUUAU